UCAGUUCUCAGCAGGCUGUGUACAGCAGAGUUGCCAAAAGCGUACACCCAGAUGCUUAUUGCUUUCAUAAUGCUGAAGUGCUUUCCUGUUAUAAGAGCAAACGAUUUAAAUCUAACCAAGGAACAAAGGUGUCUCUUCUGUGCACCCAACGGACUGCCUUCCCGGAGUUAACAUUUACGUAGCUAUAUUUCACUAUUCGUAUUUAUUUUGUAGGGGCAACCCAGGGUUAUCUUCAUUUGAUUUUUUUUGCUUGCUGACGAGGCAACGAGCCCAAUUCAGCCAGACGAACGCGAGAAAAACGGUGACAACUUUAAAUUAGUUCAUAAGAUACCCAAAUUUCUUGAAGUCAGAAGACAUGGAAUCUACAAAAGCUGGUGGAGUCAUAGCGUACAUCCGCUCUUCGAGCUCCACGUCGGGCUCGGAGUCCUGUCACAGCGACAGCUCCAACAGCAGCUUCCUGUCCUCGUCCCCGAGCAGGAAGCAGGACGCGCCUCACGGCCCGCUGAGACACGCCCCGGUGAGACACGCCCAGCCGCGCGCGCGCGCCGCCGAGAAGCCCAGGCGGGCCCCCUCCACCGCCAAGUGCGGCAUUACCAAGAUCAACGGGAUGGUGCUGUUGUGUAAGGUCUGCGGUGACGUGGCUUCCGGCUUCCACUACGGGGUUCAUGCCUGCGAGGGCUGCAAGGGCUUCUUCAGAAGGAGCAUUCAGCAGAACAUCCAGUACAAGAAAUGCCUGAAGAGCGAGAACUGCCCCAUCAUGCGCAUGAACCGGAACCGCUGCCAGCAGUGCAGAUUCAAGAAGUGCCUGUUUGUGGGAAUGUCAAAAGACGCGGUCCGCUUCGGCCGUAUCCCUAAGCGGGAGAAGCAGAGGAUGCUGCUGGAGAUGCAGAGUGCCAUGAACAACAUGAUGAAUAACAGCCAGCUGCACAGCCAGCUGACCUCCCCCCUGCCCCCGGCCUACCUCAGCCAGCCCGCCCCUGAGGACUGCGGCUCGGCCUGCUCCUCCGCCUCUUCAGAGCCCGGCUCCCCCCCGGUCGCCAUGGACACCUCGUCGGGCUCGCCCUCCUCCUGCUCGUCAGACAGCGGGGAGGAGGAGGUCAUCGGCACGGUGACCAGGGCGCACGAGGAGACCUUCAUGUACAACCAGGAGCAGCCGGCCUCGCCCGCCCAGGCCCCUCCCUCCGCUGGCGUGGGCGAGCGAAUGAGAGACGCCCGCGCGGAGCAGCAGAGAGACAGCUGGAACCAGCAGAACGACCGGGCCACUGUCACGGGCUGUCACCUGACCAACGGCACGGCUCAGCCAGGGACCGCCCGCCCCGCCCAGCAUUACAGCAGCCGCUGCACUGCCUACGCACACGGCGUGAGCCACAGGGGCCACAACAUCUCAGAGCCCACUGCCAACUGUGCCUUCAGCGGGCCAGUAUGGAGUCAAGGCAACAGGAUGCAUCUGGUGUGUCCCAUGAGCAUGUCUCCAUAUGUGGACCAACACAUGUCGAGUCACCAGAUCUGGGAGGAGUUCUCCAUGAGCUUCACGCCGGCUGUCCGUGAGGUCGUGGAGUUCGCCAAGAGAAUACCCGGAUUCCGUGACCUCUCGCAGCACGACCAAGUCAGCCUGCUGAAGGCCGGGACAUUCGAGGUGCUAGUGGUACGUUUUGCGUCCCUGUUCAACAUAAAAGAGCGCACUGUGACCUUCCUGAGUGGUAAGAAGUAUAGCGUGGAGGCUCUUCGCUCCAUGGGCGCUGGAGAACUGCUGAACUCCAUGUUUGAGUUCAGCGAGAAGCUGACCGCCUUGCAACUGAGUGAGGAGGAGAUGAGCCUCUUCACUGCUGUCGUCCUGGUCUCUGCUGAUCGCUCGGGGAUUGAGAAUGUGAACUCGGUGGAGGCUCUCCAGGAGACCUUGAUCCGGGCCCUGAGGAGCCUGAUCACCAAGAACCAUGCCAACGAGGUGGCCACCCUCACCAAGCUGCUGCUGAAACUGCCUGACCUCCGCUCGCUCAACAACAUGCACUCUGAGGAGCUCCUGGCCUUCAAAGUGCACACCUGAACUCCUCACCUUUCCCAGCACUCUCUACUACAUUCCAGCAGCUCUCCCGUGUUUUACUGUACGCAACAUCACUCUUCUUUUAUUUUUCACAUUUUUUUAUGUUGAUUUGAGGACAAAAGUCAGGAAAGGGGGAGCAACAAAAAAAACAACAAAUCACUGUACUGUAUGGCUAGUCAACCUGCCGUGAUGGUGCACUCAAACAAAUACACUCGCACUUCUGUGUGUGAUGUGUACUAGGAUUCCAGCUUGAGAAGCACCUUUUAAAAAUUAGGUGAGCAAAAAAAAAAAAAAAAAAAAAAAAAGGCUCAUAUUAAUUGUGGGUAGAGUAUGGACCUUUGUGUUAGAUUUUUCUUAGUCUCUAGCAUUUCAGACACUAUUGUUUAUUCCAAAGUGUAGUGCACGUAGGCAGUUUGAAUGUGGCAUGUAUUCAGGUGCUUUAAAAUGAGGUGUAAAAUAAUGCUGAAAUUUGAACUCCUCGGCGGUGAGCCCGGCUGCUUCAGAGUGAGGGUCUAAAAUGUGUUGACCUCGCCAAAAAAGUACAUGGAAAAUGUAGAAUGUGAUGAUAAUUGCUGCUAAUGCAUGGCUAUCUGCUAUCCUGUAUGACAGCUUGUUUUUUGGGGGUUUUUUUGCACUGCCUGUUGUCGAGAGAAAGAGCUUGCCUGGCAGGAAAUUGUAACUUUCAAUGACAUAUCAUUGAAUUUGAUGUUCAUUUUGCAAAGUUGUACAAGUUUACCAUAAUUAUUGUCCAUAUUUUUUUUUGUUGCUUCGCUUCUGGAUGUAAUGAAAGGCUGGCAACAGUUGAUUGGUUGUGAAAAAGAUUAGCUUUGUUUCUACACUACCCCCUAGUGAGAAGUUGCUAUAAUUACAAGGUCUUAGUGACCAUGGGCUCCUUGGGAUGUUGUGAAUUAAAAUCCAGCCUGAGCCAGUAAUGUCCAGCAAGUUUUAAGCCUAAAUGUAUGAAGCACAUGUAUAAGUUUGACACGCCUGUGUCUUGGACUACUGUACAAUGUUAUGAUGGUAAACAUGGUGGUGGAACUGGAGAUGAAGACGCACUAUGGUUUCUUCCACAGUCCUCACAGGGGCCAUUCUGAGAGUCAUGGCAGAUCGGGUGCUGCUGGGUUUAGUCCUGUCCUCACCAUGUGUUUGUUUCUUAUUUUACAAGUAAACAGUGUUAAGUCACAAGCGUAUACCGGCCUGUAGAAAUGCAUCACGUGCACUCGGAGAGAAGGGAAAGACAUUUGGACCAGUUACACACAUGGAUGUUUCAGGGAUCUUAUCAACUACAGGGGAUAUCGCCCAAAACAGUGGGAGGAGCUCAAACAACAAACCGCAAAACCAGACAAACUUAUGCCUGCAAAUCUUGAAGACGGAUGUUCCUUGAUCACUAAUCUGUCCUUUCAAAACAAUACUGUGCUGAUGUGCGUCACUCUGGAUCACCGGAACAUUCUGGGGCCAUUUUGAGUUGUUCAGAGGUCAGUCCUCCCCUAUUGCCCCGACAGGGCAUGUUCAGCUCUGACUGUCUGUGCUUCUGUUACUUUCCACAUCACGGUCUGUCCCUGUUUCUGUCUGUGAAAGCAUUGUAGUAUACAUAGAUUUAUAUAAAUAUCGAUAUAAAUAUAUAAAAUAUGAAUAUAUAUGAAUAAACAUAAUAUGCAAA